AAUAUACUACUACAUUAUACAGCCGUGGCAUCUGCCAUGACAAACAAAUUUUUUGGAAAAUACGAUUGUCUUGUCAUUUUUUUGCAAAACAGCAGAAAAGUAAAAUAAAUUGUAAUUUAUCAAUAAUAAUUGUUUCAUAUAUUCAAAGAAGAAAUGGGUCAAAAUCAAUCGGCUCAAGGAGGUUCUGGAGAUAAAAAAGAUGACAAAGACAAAAAGAAGAAGUACGAGCCUCCAAUUCCAACUCGUGUGGGCAAAAAGAAGAAGCGUGCAAAGGGUCCCGAUGCGGCUAUGAAAUUGCCCCAAGUCACACCUCACACGCGAUGCCGGUUGAAGCUAUUAAAAUUGGAACGCAUCAAGGAUUAUCUGAUGAUGGAGGAAGAAUUCAUACGCAACCAAGAACGUCUCAAGCCACAAGAUGAGAAAAAUGAAGAAGAACGUUCCAAGGUUGACGAUUUGAGAGGCACACCCAUGUCAGUUGGUAAUUUGGAGGAGAUUAUCGACGACAAUCAUGCCAUAGUAUCGACCAGUGUGGGCUCAGAACAUUAUGUCAGCAUAUUGUCCUUUGUGGACAAAGAUCAGCUCGAGCCUGGUUGCUCAGUGCUAUUAAAUCACAAAGUUCAUGCUGUAGUCGGUGUACUCAGUGAUGACACAGAUCCCAUGGUGACCGUAAUGAAGUUAGAGAAAGCUCCUCAAGAAACAUAUGCUGAUAUUGGAGGCUUGGAUACACAAAUUCAGGAAAUUAAAGAAUCAGUAGAGCUGCCACUGACACAUCCUGAGUAUUAUGAAGAAAUGGGUAUAAAACCUCCCAAGGGUGUUAUUUUGUAUGGACCUCCCGGAACAGGCAAAACACUUUUGGCAAAGGCAGUUGCUAAUCAGACUUCUGCUACGUUCUUGCGAGUUGUGGGCUCUGAAUUGAUUCAAAAAUAUUUAGGCGAUGGUCCAAAAUUGGUAAGAGAACUUUUCCGUGUUGCAGAAGAACAUGCUCCUUCCAUUGUAUUCAUUGAUGAAAUCGAUGCAGUUGGCACAAAACGUUAUGAUUCCAAUUCUGGCGGUGAGAGAGAAAUUCAAAGAACUAUGUUGGAAUUGUUGAAUCAAUUGGAUGGUUUUGAUUCCAGAGGCGAUGUCAAGGUUAUUAUGGCCACGAAUCGUAUAGAAACAUUGGAUCCUGCUCUUAUUCGUCCAGGUCGUAUAGAUCGUAAGAUAGAAUUUCCCCUGCCCGAUGAAAAAACCAAACGUCGCAUUUUCAAUAUACAUACAUCGCGUAUGACCUUAGCCGAAGAUGUCAAUCUAAGCGAAUUGAUCAUGGCCAAGGAUGAUUUAUCUGGUGCCGACAUCAAAGCUAUAUGUACUGAAGCUGGUUUAAUGGCUUUACGUGAACGGCGCAUGAAAGUUACUAACGAAGACUUUAAAAAAUCGAAAGAAAGUGUUUUGUACCGUAAAAAAGAGGGCACUCCCGAAGGUCUUUAUUUAUAAAUCUACAAUAUUAUAUAAAAUUACAUUUAUAAUUUAAUAAAACAAACAAGAUCUUAAGUUAAAUUUUUACAUAACAUCUGUACUCGAUUGCACAUUUAAUAAAACAGUUGUUCUUGGCAA